UACUGAAACCCGCACACGUAAAGCCUGAUGUAAAGUUAAAAAGGGGCCGUGCACUGGGUUGGGGAACUGAGGCGCGCUUUAACUUCAUUAGCCACCGAGAGAAAAAAACUAAAACAGAACAAUGGCGUUGCAACGGGAAGGAUAUACUUUAAAAUAAAGUUUAAAGUGUGUUCAAACAGCUCUUGCCAGCGUCACGUAGACGCGCUCGAACGACGGUGAUGUCAUGUUAUUUGCAUGGUGACUUCCUCCCCCCGCCAACACUUCAACUCAAAAGAAAUCGGAUAUGAAAAGUAGAGAAGCCGGGGAUGGGAGGGAGAAAAAACUUACUUGUCAGAUGGUUGUGCUGAGGGCGAAGGCAGCGAGACGCUGUUUGCAGAGAUGCUGUGUGGGGGAUUGCAGAAUGCAGCUCAGAGGGUGUGAGCAGUUUCCUGCAGUUAACUAACUGAGCUUACUGACUGCGACUUCAGAUCCCUGCUGGGGAACCAGACUUGCUAGCAGGAAAUUGGGUUCUUUACUUUGUGAAUCGAUGCUUUUCUGUUUAACUCUACGGAUGAAGAUAUAUAUUUAAAGUUACCAAGUGAGAAUAAACUAGAUAUAAGCCGGAGAUCGGUCUUUUUAAGUCUUUCUAGAGUUGAAGGCUGUGUCGGCAGUGAAUUGGAGGAUGGAUUGGAGCCGGAGCGUGUUGCUGUCUCUGAUCUGGAUUAGUUUCUGCAUUCCCGCCGCAUGCCUCAGCUCUGGAGCCGGAUCUCCAGCGGACUCAAACGCCAAAGAAUUCACACAGCCUGCAGCCGGAAAUCCAGACGAUACUACAGAUAACUGCGCGACAUUGAAUGCAGAAUGCGUGGAUGAAGAUGAUCGACAUUCUUUUGAGGCUAUUAGAAUGAUACACAAACAAAUGGAUGAUGAUGCUGAUGGAGAUGUUGAUGUAGAGGAAAGUCAUGAGUUCAUCAAAGAAGAUAUGAAAGACAAAGAUCCUACCAGCAAAGGCAAUACAUUCCAUAAGGAAGACAAACAUAUCACUGUGAGAGACCUGUGGAACCACUGGAAAAACUCACAAGUACACAAUUGGACAGUGGAUGAAACGAUGGACUGGUUAAUUCACUUUGUGGAAUUACCACAGUAUGCAAAGAUUUUUCAGGAAAACAAAAUUCGCGGAGCAGACCUACCCAGGCUAGCUGUGAAUGAGAUUCCACUUAUGGUGACUAAUUUAAAAAUCACUGACCGGAGCCACAGGCAAAAGCUUCAGCUGAAGGCACUCGAUGCCGUGCUGUUUGGAGCUCCCAUUGGCCCUCGUCAUAAUUGGUUGAAGGACUUCAUUCUCGCUGUUUCAAUGGUUGUUGGUAUUGGUGGCUGUUGGUUUGCAUACACCCAGAACAGGAACUCCAAAGAACACAUCACAAAGAUGAUGAAAGAGCUCGACAGUCUGCACAAAGCUGAGGAAAGCCUGAUGGAAUUUCAAGAGAGACUUCAAAAAGCUCAAGAAGAGAACAGAACUGUUGAAGUGGAGAAGCAAAAUUUAGAACAAAAAAUGAAAACGGAAAUAAAUGAUGCCAAGCGAGAGGCUCAGCGCCUGAGAGAGCUGCGAGAGGGCUCAGAGACUGAACUCAGCAGGCUGAAAUAUGCGGAGGAGGAGCUUGUACAGGUUCGUAUGGCCCUGAAGAAUGCAGAGAAGGAGCUGGAAAAUCGCAGUGGCUUGACAAUGCCAGAACCCCUCCAGAAGUGGUUGCAGCUUACUCAUGAAGUGGAGGUUCAGUAUUACAACAUCAAGAAACAGAGUGCCGAGCUCCAACUCAAUGGUGUAAAGGAGGAGGCAGAGAGGAUCAAGAAGAAACGCAGCACUGUCUUUGGAACAUUCCACGUAGCCCACAGUUCCUCCCUGGAUGAGGUUGAUCACAAAAUCCUGGCAGCAAAGCAAGCUUUAUCUGAGGUGACAGUAGCACUGCGUGAGCGACUACAUCGCUGGCAACAGAUAGAAAAGAUUUGUGGCUUUCCCAUCAUGCAUAAUGUUGGAAUGUCAAGCCUUACCUCGGUGUUAUACUCUGAUCACAGCUGGGUGGUCAUGCCACGUACCUCUGUCCCACCAUUCCCAAUAGCUGGUGGGGUGGAUGAUCUGGAUGAAGACACACCACCUAUUAUUCCACAAUUUCACCCAGUAGGUCAAGGGAAACUCAAUUACAACUUGGUAAAAAACAGUAACCAAGGUCGCUAUCGACGGCCCAUUAUGGUUCAGUCUGGCGUUUCAUCUUCCUCCAGUCCUGACAUCUUGGCAAUGAAUAGCAACGUCAACCUUUACCGUAGUGAAGAAGAAGAAGAAGAUGCCAUAUUCUUCACAGCUGACAAGAAGUGGGAGAUGCAGGAGACCGCUUCAGAUUGUGACUCCUCUUUUGGAUCAUUGAAUGGAAAGAAACUGUUUAACUUGUCAAACUGUGAGGCUGCCAGUAGUCAUUCGUUCAGCAUGUCGAAGAACUCCUUAGAUGACCUUUUGACUGCUGAUUCACCAGUGGCACAUGAGCGGUUAACUGUAACACCAGAUUCGCUGGGCUCAGCAGACACCAGAAGUCUGAUUCUGAGCCCUUUGAAGGCCACAAGGCCCCUUCAGAAUGGUCUUGAGAAAUCGUGCAGCAUGGGACACCUAUCAAUAGCACAAGACCGACGCAUCUUGGAGUUUGACACCCAGAGUGAAAACAGGGCACUGAAGGAUUUGAAAAGUGCAUCUAAAGCGCAAACAGCAUCCCAAGAUCUCCACAGUAUCGACAGAGUAAAAAAAUCCUCCAAGUUAAAAAAGAUCUUCAAGAAAAUAUCAUCAAAGUGAUUAGAGCGAAAGGGUGAUGAUGGUGAAUCUCAAGUCACCGUAACAUCUGUUUACAAAAGCUGCAUUUAGAUGUUACAUGGAGUCCUACGCUCUUUGGCCAAAUUACAGAUGUAGAACUGAAUCUUGCACUAUUACCUUCCUGAUCAGGAAGAUGUCUCUAAUUAUAGAAACAGUGUAUAAAGUUUGUAGAGACAUUAUUGCAGAAGAGUCUAUGUUUUUACUGUUACAACUAGAGCUUUAGUAGGAUUUUUAAGGAUUCCAAUUUUUAGUGAUUUAAAAACAAAAGAAUUUCUACAAGAAAGAAAGUGAUACCUUUUUCUUGCAAGUCACAUUUCUUAAAUGUUUUACAAAGCUGCUGUACAGAUGAUUAAAUAUGCCUGGCAACCUCAGAGCUUUUGCUCAUGACUUGUCUUUGAACUCUGAAGAACAUGGACUUUGCAGAAGAUUUCCAUGAGCCUGUAAAGAUCAGCAUUAGGGGUUUUCUCUCGAUCUCACCUGGCAGUGGUAACAGUGGACUUGGCAAAAUACUGAUCUUUUAAUUCAAGAUUUAUUAUUGCAGACCAACUGUGGAAACAAAUUCACCUGAAUUUAAUUAGGGUGGUUGGGUUAUUGGGAAUUUCUUGAAUGUAUUAAAAAAAUAAAUUGAAGCAUUAUGAU